CCCAAGCGCUGAGGAAUCAAAGUGUACAGAUUCAUUGAUCGUUGUUUAGUUAAUCAUCCAUCUGGCAGCAUGUUGCGGCUGUCGAUAAGAAGUCCCGCAGAAUGUGUAAUUCUCUGAUAAGACGGUGCUGUGUCUGUGGAUUAGAUAUUGACUGGAGGGAAUUUUCAUUAGCAUUAAUAAUCGAAUGUCAAUGCAAUCUCGGAAGCGAUUGCCACAAAAGCGAUGAUGUGAUUCGUCUUGUGGGGGACAUAAAAGGGUGCCCGGAGUCAAACCAGUGCCGCAUUCGCUAUUCGAAGCGCAACAAGAGACUAAUUCAAAUGGAGAAUCGUUCAAUGCUGAUUCUACUGCUACUGGCGGUGAGUGUGGCGAGUGGCAGUGCUUCGCAUGACCCGAGAAUCGCCGCUUUGUGCCGGCUUUCGACCGCCUGGAGACUGCUGCCCGAUGAGCGACACUGCGGCAGGUUCUAUGUCUGCACCGGCGAUGCGGAGGAUGCCUACCAGGAGUUCAGCUGUCCGCUCGACUAUCGCUUUAGCGCCGAGCAGGGUAUCUGUGUGCCCGGUGCCUGCAGCGAGGUGACCAGCUCCUGCAACGCUUCCACCAGUGCGGAGCGCAUACCGAGCGACUGCACCCGCUACCGCCGCUGCACGCCAGCCGGCGCCUACUCAGUGGCGCGAUGCGUCACUGGCAGCUACUUUGACACCGGACGACGCGCCUGCCUGCCAGUGGCCGUGACGGCCGCUCACCAGUGCAGCUGUCUGCUGCCGGACCACGCCACGGUGGCCAAUCCGAGCGACUGCGAGACCUACUACCGCUGCGAGAGCGGCGAGGCGGUGCUCGUUCAGUGCCCUGCGGGCCAAUACUUUGAGAGCAGCGUGGGCAGCUGUCUGCCGGACACGACUGGCAUCUGUUUCGAGAGGCCCACAUUUCCGCCGUUCCUUACGGACCACGCGCUCGCCCUGGACGAGUGCAUCAGCACUGGCAGCCGGCUGGCGCCCCACAGCAGGGACUGCGGCCGCUACUUUGUCUGUGCGGACAAGCGUGUCCUCGAGAUGAGGUGUCCCAGGGGCCAGUACUUUGAUGCGGUGCACCAUUACUGCGCCCUGGACCUCGCCAGCGAGUGUCAGCGACCUGAGAGCGAGGCGAAGACUCUCGAGGUGACAGAGACGGCGGCGAUAGCGAAGAAACCACCGCCACCACCAGAACGGGAAGUCGCCGCGAGCUACGAUAAAUUCUCGUCAAAGUUUGUUUCGUUUUGAGACAUUUAAAGUACUUAAUAAAAAUAUUAGA